AUGAGUAACCACAAUCCUGAGAAGCGCUCUGAAGAGCUCGGCACACCAGAACAAAUGUCGUCAAAGUCGGCUGCGAGCGAUAUCCAUCCGACCGAUACCGUGCACGAGGCGGAAAAUCCUUUCGCAACCCCAGGCACUCAGACUCCAAAUGCUGCUGCUACUUCAAGAGUUCCCUUCUCGGAGUCCAGGCCAGAGAGCUUGACCGGCUCAAGUGGCGCUACGUCGGGCUACCAGUACUUUCCACGAGGAGAGUAUUUUCGAUCUCGGCGUAUCAAGAAGGGCGAGAUUGAGCGGCCCUGGCUUGACAAGAAAGAUCCCAGGGAGAAGUGGAUGACCAUCAUACCACUCAUCGGUCUCUUCCUUGGACUCUGUGUCGUCGGUAUACUUGUCUGGGACGGCGUCCGCAGCGUGGCACAGCACAAGUAUUGUGAGGUUCUCAACGAUGACUUCACCACAUGGAACAGCAAUGUAUGGACGAAGGAAGUUGAAGUUGGCGGCUUCGGCAACGGACAGUUCGAGAUGACAACUAACUCGGAUGAGAACGUCUUCGUCAAGGACGGAGUACUCACGAUCAUGCCGACGUUGCAGGACUCAAGUAUAUUGGACACCAACCACGUCAUCGAUCUGCGUGGUCAAGGUUGUACUGGCUCCAAGUGGACCGACUGCGUGACGUCGACCAACACGACUAACGGCACAAUCAUCAGCCCAGUCAAGUCUGGUCGUAUCAAUACUAAGCUGGGUGCUUCGAUCAAGUUCGGCCGUGUUGAGGUUCUCGCUAAACUUCCAGCCGGAGACUGGUUAUGGCCUGCGAUUUGGAUGUUACCACGAGACAAUGUCUACGGAGAGUGGCCUCGCUCCGGUGAAAUUGAUAUCAUGGAGUCUCGUGGAAACAACUUCACCUAUAAGCAAGGUGGAAACAACAUCGCGUCCAGCACUUUGCACUUCGGCCCCGAUGGUGACAACGAUGGCUGGUGGCGCAACAACGUCAAGCGCAAGGCCCUUCACACUACUUAUGCUUCUGACUACAACGUCUAUGGUGUCGAAUGGAGCGAGAAAUACAUCUUCACAUACAUCAACUCACGCCUCCUGCAAGUUAUGUACACACACUUUGAUGAGCCUUUCUGGUCUUAUGGCAAAUUCCCACUCGCCGACUCCAAUGGCACGCGGCUGCAAAACCCAUGGGCGCAGACCAACAGCAACACUUCACCAUUUGACCAAGACUUCUAUCUUGUGAUCAAUGUGGCUGUAGGAUCAACAAAUGGUUGGUUCCAGGAUGGCGGCGCUGGCAAGCCAUGGCUGGACGGUAGUCCUACCGCGAAGAAAGAUUUCUGGAGCGCGAAGGACCAAUGGUACCCUACGUGGCAGGACGGAGGUCAGAUGGAGGUCAAGAGUGUAAAGAUGUGGCAGCAGAGUGGGUACAAUGGUUGCACCGCUUAAGUUGAGCUGAAUGACUAGCUGGUUGCGAGUGGCAGUUGGUGUUCGGGUACAGUAACACUUUACUUUGGCGUUGCCGGUGGCGCGCUCACGGUCGCGCAUGGCGCAUGGCGCAGAUUUUUCCUUCACAGGCUUAUGAUAAUUCUACCAUUAUUUCACGACCAUAGUUCAAAUGCAAUUGAGUGUGUUGCUCG